UCAAUCUCAUUCUCAAAAACUGCAAAUUGAAACUUUCACUUAAAGGGGAAAAAAUGGUGAAUGCGAAGAAGGAUCCAACUAAGAAGAAUGACGAUUCUUCCCAUUCGUCUCUCCACCCGCCCUACUUUCAGAUGAUAAGUGAAGCCAUAACCGAGAUGAAGGAUCGCAGCGGCUCAAGCCAGCCGGCGAUCGCGAAAUUGAUGGAGGAACACUACGCGAAGCAGCUUCCCCCAAACUUCAAAAAAAAUCUCUCGAUUCAGUUGAAGAGGCUCGUGAAAUCCGACAAAUUAGUGAAGGUGAAGAACUCGUACAAGAUAUCCGCGGCGGAGAAGGCGAAGAAAACCGCGAAAGCCGCUCCGGAGAAAGCGAGCAGCAAGGAGAAGAAAGAUGUGGAGAAAGCGAAGAAGACGAAGAGGCUGAGCCAGGUGAAGACGCCGGAGGCAUUGAAGAAGAAGAGCAAGGCGAGGAGCGGCGGUGAGAAGAUGAAGAAGGCGACGCCGGCGAAGAGGAAAAUCGGUGGGACAAUCGGCUCCAGCCCGCCUGCAAAGAAAGCUAAGAAAUGAAGUUAAUUUUAAGUUUGAUUUAGUGUUUUUCUGUUUAAUUAUGGUUAUGAGUUUAGGAGUUGAUGUUUAUGUGUGAGACUCUUCUUUAAGUAUGACAUUAUGUUCUACUAGUAUAAAGUUAUUAGUACUAGUAUUAUUACUGCAUUA